CCGUGGUCCGCAAACGCGAACUAAAAGGCGUGCGCCUCGGUUCUCGGUGCUCGCGUGUGCCCCUUGACCUGUUUAUUGUUUUUUCUUUUGCAUUCCUGUCUGAAAUUUUUCGUGGGGUGCACACGAGGGCCGCGUGGGUGAGAAGAGGAAAAUGGACCCAGCAUUGGUGACGGGCCCGAAUCUGGGCUACGCGUUUGCAGCGUGCAGCUCGCUGACUUUCACUGCCAUAAACUUGUUCUUGCUGGCAAAUGUUGUGCCCAAGAGCGCGCGGAACACCUUCAGUCAACAAUGGAAGUGGAGGAACACGUUCAACUCGCUCAUUCACUCUGUCCUUACUGGAAUUGGGGCGCUCUAUUGUUUUUGGGAAUCUCCUAUGUUGCGAGAAGACCUAAUCAACAAGUACACAAGUUCUUCCCAUCUUUUGAUAAGCGUUUCCGUAGGCUAUUUCAUCUACGACUUCUGUGAUUUACUGAUAAACCACCGAAAAAGGAGCAGCUAUGAACUCUUGUUACACCACACCAUGGUGCUGAUGUGUUUCGGCUUGGCCGUUGUGACUAAACAUUACCUUGGUUAUGGAAUUGUUGCCCUUCUUGUUGAGGUCAACAGUGUGUUUUUGCACACCCGCCAACUGAUGCUGAUCCAAGGCAUCAGUAAAAACCAACUCAUUUAUAGAAUCAAUAGCAUGCUGAACAUUGGCACAUUCGUCGUCUUCAGAAUUGCCACUUUGGGCUGGAUGACGCGUUGGCUGGCUAUUCACAAAGAUGAGUUGACUAUGACUGCCUUUACAAUUGGAAGUGUUGCCAUGUCAGUGGUGAUGCUCAUGAAUAUUGUUUUGUUUUUGCGAGUUCUUGUGGCAGAUCUCAGAUCGAGUCAAAAAUCACAAGAAGCUGAUCCAGUUGCAAAGAAAUCAAAUUGAAGGUCCAUCGUUAGUUUUAAAAAGUAUACACAAGUUAUUUUAUAAUUCCAAUAUUUGCAAUGAACCGACCAAGCCAUUCUUUUGUGUUGAGAUGGUUAUUUAUUUAGUGCAGCGCACAGAUGUCGAUGAGUCGAUAAUAUUUUUAAGAGAUGCUUAGUUUUUACACUAAACUUGCAAUAGUUUUGUAUGAUAUAGCCGAACAAAGUAUUGUAACUGUCAAGAUUAACGCAACUGCAAGGUGAAUAUCACCUAAAAACAUUCACCCACAUCACUGUUCCUUUAAACUAAGAAAAUCCUAAAUAUUUGUAUGUGUUCUCGAGGAUGUCAAUCAAAUGCUUAAAUAUUCCUGAUUAAUUUAACUAUACUCUGCAGGCUCUUGCUUUCGAGCUUGACAAUUAAAGAAAACAAAUUCUGCUUUCAAUAAUCAGUAUUAAAUUGCUUGUGUCUAUUGAAUGCACAUCAUAUACAUUGCCAACCAAUGCCUUUGAUAUACAAUUAAAUGCCACUGUCUCUCAAGAGUACAAGUUUUCAAAUGAGUAAAACUGUCAUUCAUUUAACUGUUGGUAUUGCUAAAAAUUUAAAGCAGCUUGUUUUGAAUUUGAUGUGUUCCCCUCUAAUAUUUUUUGGUCAUUAUUUUAAAAAGUAUAUAAAAAGACAAGCGUUAUAUUUUAAAAUACACCCUCGUGCUCAUUUUUACAGAAACUUACUUCCAUGAAGUUGCUAUUAUUUGUUGUUUGGUGUUAUCACAUAAUAAAAAGUUAAUGUAUA